AUGGACCAGCAAAAUGUUUGUCCAGACAAUAAUGAUGACCCUCUCCCUAACCAAGAAAAUAAUGAAGCCCAAUCCGUCUACGAUGAGGACCAACGAUCGGAAUAUAGUGAUAGAAGUAGGACCCCCCCCACCCGUAUCCUACCCAGACCUGGCAAUGUUAAUUUUUGCGGAAUUAAAAUAGAUAAAGGAUACGAGCCUGAAGUCAAGGAAGAAGAAGCCUUUGUGACCCCUGUGGCCCAUCAUCAAUCAUACUCCACCCAAAAGCCCAAAGAACGAUGCUCUAAAAGAUUAGAGGAUCAAGCAGCGGAAAGAUAUCGGUUCAUCCUCUCUAGACCAGAAGCCCCCAUUGUGUUUCCAGUAAACGUGAUCCCUUUGCAACCAGUACCACAAGCCCCGGUAGCACCUCCG